GCAUUAUUUUAAAUGUCUUUUUUUUUAAGAUGGCAAUAAAAUGAAUUAAGAUGGCGAGUAAAGAGGAGUUACUUGCAAGUUUGAUAGAACAACAAAAAGUUUUAACAGAACAAAGCGAUGCAGUUGCCAACAUUGAACAUGGUAGUAAAACCCGUGGUGAUGGACACAAUGAGGGAGAGCAAGAGUACGUAUACUGGGCGAGGAGAGGAGAGUUAGAAACCGCAGGUGAAGUAGAGGUGUGUAGCAGCACUGGAUCAGAAAAUCAUGAAGGUGCUGAAAUUCUGGUUGUUGACGAAACUUUACAGGGACACACUACUGAAGUGUCGACGAGUGAGGAGAACGGCAUAGUUAACGGCGUCAACGAAACAGUUAGUAACACGUUAGAAAUUGAAGAUUGCUUUCCGAAGUACGAGGAUCUGGAGCAACAAAGACGAAUGGAGGAGAAACGCGAGACUGCUCGUUUGCAGGAGCAGAUCAUGAACGAAGAGUAUCAAAAGGCUAUCGGCUAUUUACUCUGUUCAAGUAAAUCGAAAAGUGGCAAGCAAAAGAAAAAACAGACAAUGACGGCAUAUUUAUUUUUCUGUCGUCGAUAUCGCUCGAAAAUAGUCGCGCGAAAUCCAAAGCUCUCUUUUGCGCAGAUUAGCAAGUUGUUAUCGCACAUGUGGAGGAACGCUUCCGAACAGGAAAAGAACAUGUACCGAGUGAAGCUAGAACAACAUCGUACGAAAGUCAACGCGAUCGUUGAGAAAAAUAUGAUCGAGAAAAUGAAAAUGGUAAAACAACAGAAACUCGUGGAAGAAUUAAGACGUCAAAACGAAGAAGAAGAAGGUGGUCAUGGUUCGGUUGAAAACAUUGAACUGGCUGAACAAGAAACUAUAGUUGAAGAUGGUGAGACUGACCAGGGAGGCAGGUUGCAAAUUGUUGAAUAAGCCUCGCUCAUUGAGGAUAUACAAAGUGUAAAUAAACAUGUUGCUAAAAAUAACUCGAACAUAAGCGACCACCUUGGUUCCAGUCUUUUCCUUUCAACACCACGCUGGAGUUUUCAAACUAUUUCUUAAGUUUCAUCUCGUUGGAGUCAAGACAUUCCCUGGAAAAUACUUUCAAUCCAUCUGGAUAACAGAUUUCCUAACCAGAUAAAAUGGGUUAAUUUUUACGAAGUUAUAGGAUAUGUAUUUAUUAAUUUAUCUGCUUAUCGCUGACUAAUGUUCAGUACAUCUGUUGGCGGUACAGCCAUGUUCAAACCAUAGUGAUUAGAAUGUUUAUUUUACCGAACCAUAACAUGAAGCAUCAUGGGAACGCCCCCAAAAAUGCAAAGCUUUUAUAUCCACUCAAGAUGAGAAGUUGUAUUUUGUACUGACGCUUUUAUCUCGCGUUUUUGUGUACAUUAUAUGUCGUUAAUGAGAAGAAGAUAGAACGUGUUUA